AAUCCCCAGCUAUAGAUAUUGCUAGCUACAUUAUUUUUACUCAAAAUUCAUUUUACCAUAUGUUUUCUUUUGCCUUUUGCCAUCUUUUCGUGGAUAUAUAUGUAAUUAAGUAUAACUUCAAAUCGUUACUUCAUUGUGUGUGUUUUUUCUUCAUUUUUGUUGAAUAAUCCCUAUACAUAUACUACUCUAUUGAACAUAACAUAGAUAAUAUUAGAUGAUUUAAUUUUACGGCAAUCCUUUCUCUUAAUCACCCACAACCAUUAAUCGGACAUCCCAAAUUGUAUGGGGGGAUGAAAGGAGAAGUAAGGACCAACAUAAUGUUAUGUACCUUACGGCAGAAUAUUACCCCCACAUGUUAUUACUUUUGCUAGGGGGCCUGAGCCCAAGCAGCAGCCCAUAUGUGAAUGGUUUGGGGCUAGGUGGUAAACGGGGCCCAACAAAAGUUUUUUUACCUGGCCGGCCUGAUCAGGUGAAUUUUUUUGACUCUUAUCGUGGAGUGGAUCAGGAUGAGUCUGCAUCAGAUGGCUAUUAUUUUCCCCAUGGUAGAUUUGAGCGGUACCCAUGUUUUGCCCUCAGAAAAAGGAGUUUUAACAUUUAGUUCACUUCAGGACAGGUUUAUCGUUCCUUGUCAGUUUCACCACCAAAAUGAAAUUAGGUUACAAGCUCUUUUACAUUUUGGACUGAUUUCUGAAUAUUCUACCAAAUUAAGUUUAACUGGUCUCCCUACAAAAAAACUACUACUUUUUAGCUUCGACCAUCAGUGAAAAAGAAAAAGCAGCUACAACAUAAUUAAGGAAAGCUGUUCCAUCCAAUGGAGUUCUUAUCUUAUGCUGGAGGUUUUCUUUUAUCUGAUACAUUUGACUUGCUACGUGAAAAGUUGAAUGGAUAUAUAAGUGAUCAGUUGAUUGGAUAUAUAAGUGAUCAGCUACAGGAUUCAGAGGAGGAAGUACGCGCCGAGAUGGAAAGCUGGAAGACUCUUUUGUCUAAAAUCACAGCUAUACUUCAACAUGCAGAAGAAAAUCAAGGCGCCAACAUGUUUGUGAAGUCAUAUCUUGAUGAUCUUAAGGACUUGGCUUAUGAUAUGGAGGACAUACUUGAAGAGUUUGUGAUUGAUGCCAGGAGGUCCGAAUUGACUGCAGAACCUAAUGCUAGAGCCAACAAACAACAAAAGUUCCCCUCCAAUAUCAUGAAUUUAUUUAAUAUCAUGAAUUUGUUUACAUCUAAGGCCAAACCCAAUCAAAAGAUUGAUUCCAUGGUGAAUUAUCUGAAAGUUAGAUUCGAGCGUUUUGAAAAGGGGAUGCAUACUUUUGGCCUGUUCAAUUUGAAUAUGAAAGUUGAAGAAAGGUCCCACAAAGUAAUUGCAAAAAAAGUGCCUGAGUCUUCACUUCCUGAGGAUAAGGUGUUGGGUCGAGAUAGUGAUAAAGAUGUUAUUCUUCAAAGGUUGCUAGAAGAUGGAGGCAAUCUUGAACAAGACUUUGUUAUUCCCAUCGUUGGAAUGGGUGGACUAGGCAAGACAACUCUUGCUCGGCUCAUUUACAAUGAUGAAAACUUGGAAGGCAGGUUUGACUUGAAGGCAUGGGUUUGUGUUUCUGAUGAGUUUGAUGUUGCUCGAAUAACAAGAACCAUUUUAGAACAGGUAACUAGAGAAAAGUGUGAUCUUGAUGAUUUCGAUUCAAUUCAAAAGAAAUUGAAAGAGAAGUUAUCUAGGCACAAAUUUCUCCUUGUAUUGGAUGAUGUUUGGAAUAAGGAAUAUGGCAAUUGGGAUAAAUUGAAGAGACCUUUCAUGUCAGGAGCUCUUGGAAGUAAAAUAAUGGUCACAACUCGAGAUAAGGAUGUUGGGAUGAUGAUGAGAGGAGAUGAUGGAGUUUAUAAUUUAGGAUUGCUAUCAAAUGAUGCUUGUUUGCCAUUGUUUACUUGGCAUGCACUGGGGAAAAAGGACUUUGCUGUGCACCCAGACCUACAAGAUGUUGGUGAGAAGCUUGUUGAGAGGUGCCAAAGAUUGCCAUUGGCACUACAAACACUUGGUGGCAUCCUGCGGGGAAAGCAGGGUCGUGAUGAGUGGGAAGAUAUAUAUAACAGUAAUAUAUGGAGUACAGGAAGUGAAAUUCUUCCUGCUCUAAGAUUGAGCUAUAAUGAUCUUCCUUUUCACUUGAAGCGAUGCUUUGCUUAUUGUGCUUUGUUCCCUAAAGGCUAUGAAUUUGACGAAAUGGAGUUGGAGUUGUUAUCAAGGUCACUCUUUCAACCGUCAAGGAGAUCAAGGUCACUCUUUCAACCGUCAAGGAGAGUUGAAUCGUGGUUUGUGAUGCAUGACCUCAUAAAUGAUUUAGCUGUACAUGUUGCUGGAGAAAUACAUUGCAAUCUUGAACGUAGUAUGGGUGAUGGAAAAUUAGAGAAGGCUCGUCAUUUGUCAUUCACUUCACAUCACUUUGAAUUCUCAGAAAGAUUCGAAGUAUUGAAAGAAUUGAAGCAUUUGAGAGCAUUCUUAUCGUUAAAAGUGCCCAAUGACUACCAUGUUUCUUAUUUGUCUAACAGAAUCUUGCAUGAUCUCCUGCCAACUUUAAAUCGCUUAAGAGUGCUAUCUCUUUACAGUUUUGAGAUAAGUAAGCUACCAGAUUUUGUUGAAAAGUUGAAACAUAUCCGGUACAUUGAUUUGUCUCAAACAAAAAUCAGAUGUUUACCUGAUUCAGUGGGUACUCUUCUCUUCUUGCAAACACUGUUAUUAUCUAGUUGUGAAAUGUUAACUAAGUUGCCUACAACGAUUGGAGAUCUAAUUGAUCUCCAUUGUCUUGAUAUCACUGAAACAGAUUCUUUAAAUGAGAUGCCAUCAGGAAUAGGCAAUCUUAAAAAUCUUGUAACACUGUCCAAAUUUAUUGUGGGGAAGGCAAGUGAAAUGAUGUUGAGAUUAUCUACUUUGAAGAACUUGUCACAACUUCGAGGAAGCCUAUCUAUUCUAGAUCUGGAAAAUGUUUUGCAUGUUCAAGAUGCUGUGGAGGCCAAUCUAGACAAGAUCCAUGGUUUGGAAGAGUUAGUCUUGGAGUGGGGGCAGACUGCUCCUUUUAAUGAUGGAGAUGAAUCAAUCAAAAUGGAAGUCUUCAACCAGUUAAAACCUCCUUCAAAUUUGAAAAGUCUUGAAAUUUUUUAUUAUGGUGGAAAAAGUUUCCCAAACUGGUUUUGUGAUCCAUCCUUAUUUUGGAAUUUAUCAUCCAUGAUGCUCGGCUAUUGUGGUAGAUGGACUAUGUUACCACCACUUGGCCGACUACCUGUUCUCAAAGAAUUAUUUAUUAGAGGCAUGACGGCAAUAGAAGCUGUAGGUUCUGAGUUUUAUGGGGGACAAGGCUGUUUUCCAUCACUAGAGGGACUAUGGUUUGAAAACAUGAUAAAUUGGAAGGAAUGGACUUCUCCAAAUGGAAGUGAAGGUGAGUUCCCUUGUCUUCGUAGGCUUGGGAUUUGUCAUUGCCCUCAGUUAAGCCAAUUUCCUAGCAACCUUUCUUUACUUGAAGAGUUGAAAGUUACUGGUUGCAAUGCAAUGCUUUUGAAGAGUAUGGUUGAUCUCACUUCACUCACUACAUUUAGUAUUCAGAAAAUUUCAAAAUUGACUUGCUUGCCAAAGAGCUUUAUACAGUCUUCGACAACACUUGAGACUCUGUCUAUUGAAAUUUGCCAUGAUCUUACUUGUCUGUGGGAGGAAGGGGCAGAAAUAGAACAAAACCUCUUGCCUUUCAAUCUUAAGCAUCUUACCCUUUGGAAGUGUAGAGCUUUGAAGUCAUUACCCAAUGCAAUUAUGAUGAUGGAUGAAAGCAGUAGCAGCAACAGUAGUAUGUCAAUGUCGAGACUGGAAAGUUUGAGAAUUGAUGAUUGUCCUUCUCUCAAGUCUUUUCCAAGAGGCAAAUUACCCAUCUCGCUUAAACGUUUGGGAAUAGUAGGCUGUAAAAGUCUUGAGUCUCUACCGGAUGUUGAUGGUGACAAUAAUAAUAGCAAUCUACAUUUGGUAAUAGCAGAUGUUCCAUGCUUGUAUUCUUCUGAGAAUUGUGACCAGCCACCAGCUUUUCUCAAGAAAUUUAGAGUUAGUGACUGCGACUGGUUGGAAUCAUUUCCACAGAGGAUGCUGCAGCGUUGUACGGGACUCCAAUCUCUUACUAUUUACAACUGUAAAAUAUUGAAAAGUUUAUCCACCCUUGAUUGCGUUAGCAAUCUCGUUAACUUAGAUAUUGAGAGUUGUGAAGCUUUGGAGUCCUUACCAGAAAAUUUGGGGUCAUGCACGCCGAAUCUGAAGGAUUUGAGGAUAAUCAAAUGUAAGAAUUUCAAAUCCUUCCCAAAUACGAUGUACAAGCUGAAAUUUCUUGAAAGGCUACAGAUGAGAGAUUGUCCCGGUAUCGAGUUCAUUCCAGAUGGGGGUUUGCCCCUAAACUUAACAAAGCUUGAAUUGUGGUGUAAGAAUCUCAAGCGGUUGCCGAAUAUGAUGUACCAGCUCACAUUGCUUCAGCAUCUAGUAGUCGAAGGUGGGGCUUUGAUGUGUCUUCAACGGUUGGCAAUUGAGCAGAAUUCCCCUCUGGAUAUUGUGCUGCCUUCUUCUUUAACCUCGCUUCAGAUGGAGUCUGGAGAAAAUUUGGAAUCCAUAGCUGGGGGGCUCCUCCAAAACCUAAGCUCCCUUCAAAAGUUAUGGAUACGUAACUGCCCGAGGCUACAAUCUUUGCCAAGGGAAGCCUUCCCUCCCUCGCUUGGGCAACUAUCCAUCUGCGGGUGUCCACAUCUAAAACGACAGCGCUUUGAGGAGAAAGGAGACUACUGGACUCUCACAUGUAACAUCCCAAAAGUUGGCAUAUGAGGAGGAUGUGUAUGAGGAUGAUUGGUUGUGAGUGUUGGAGCUAUGGCAUGAAAGCUGAAAAUGCAGUGAAAUGAGAUCUGCUAAAUGAUACUGCAACAUGACUGCACAGUAGCAGCAAAGUGACAGCAGCAUGGAGCUUCACAUGGGCUACAAGAAAUGGCAGCAAACUUCAUCAUUUUAGUCAAUGUUUUAGGUAGUUAAUAAUUAUAGUUUAGGUAGAAAAAUAUUAUUGUUUUAUGUGUAGUCUUCCUCCAUAAAAAGGAAGGAAGAAAUUGAUGAAAAUUGAGAGAAAGAGAGCAUGGUUUCUCCUCUCCGGUUGGGUGAAUGUCUGCACCCUUCCAUGUUUAUGGCUUUUAUGUUCUAUGUUAUGUUGUGUUGUUUCUGCCAUAAAUAGCAGAAUAUCAAUGGAAGAAAAUGGGUUCUGACCUCACCAAAAGAGGAAACUCCAGGUAGAAAAAUAUUAUUGUUUUAUGUGUAGUCUUCCUCCAUAAAAAGGAAGGAAGAAAUUGAUGAAAAUUGAGAGAAAGAGAGCAUGGUUUCUCCUCUCCGGUUGGGUGAAUGUCUGCACCCUUCCAUGUUUAUGGCUUUUAUGUUCUAUGUUAUGUUGUGUUGUUUCUGCCAUAAAUAGCAGAAUAUCAAUGGAAGAAAAUGGGUUCUGACCUCACCAAAAGAGGAAACUCCAGGUAUCUCUACCUCUCCUCCAAGUCCUCUCUCAAUCCCUCCCUUCUUACCCUCAAAAAUCCAACAGUGAGCUAGGUACAACCAAUUGUUGAGGUAAACAAAGCCAAGUCACUCCUCAAUGUUACUGUUGCCUCAAAAAUGGUUUACGCAGUUACGCUUUCAGAUUAUUUUGAAAGGGGAUGAGUGGUUGGCCUUGGCAUUAUGGAAAUUCACAACCACCAACGAGCUCGCUGCUUGCAAAAUGAUGUUUUUAGGCAAGCCAACAAAUUUCAAUUUUAAAUUCAAUUACUGCAGGAGCUAAUGUUUUCCAUUCUGAAGAAUUGGGAAGAUUUUUGAAACAAGGAGUUGUUGAUGUUGAAAUGAGGUUUUUCUGUAAGCUAGAACUGGAAUGUGGAUGACCUCUGCUGAAUUAAGCAAGCUUGUAAUUUGACUAAAUAAAGUUGCAGGUUUACA